GAGAUACAACCUAAUUAGAAAAUGGCGCAGCAACAAAGGGGCCUUCUAAACGUUUGUUGAACACGUUCAACAGCAUCAGUGAGUUUUGUGGAAAAAUACUUUAUUAUAAUGGAAGUGGAAGAUAAAAGUGAAAUUAUAAACAUUAGAAGUGAAAUAGACAAUUCUCAACAACAAUGCAGAAUAUGUUUAAAGUCAUAUUCUUCUACAUGGGAUUUAUUUCAAGAUGGGAAAAAUGUUAUUCGCAAGUUGAUUGCUUUUGCCAAUGUACAGGUGGAAGAAGGUGACGGUUUACCUUCCAUCAUAUGUAUCGAUUGCCGACAACUUAUUGAUAUUGCUUAUGAAUUUAAAUGUCAAGUCGAAAAUUCUGAUAUCAAAUUAAGAAAUGCAUUUUUAACAAAAGAAACAUCAUUAUCGUUAACACAUUCAAUUAACAAGGUAAUAUCAGACGCAAUAUCAGAUGAAUUUUCACAAAAACCAAUUCCAUGUAACAUUGAAAAUCGUAGUUUACCACUUAAUGAUAUUAGUUCAAAAAUUGAUCAUUUCUCAGUACAUUCUAAUGAACAAUCAGUUUCAUCAUCUUUAAAUAAUUCAACAAAUAUAAUUGAAUUUGAUAUCAAUGAAACUUGUGAAGAGAAACAUGAACCUGAAGAAAAUUUCAUUUAUCGUGAUAAUGAGAAAUUAAAUAUAUCCGAAACAUUACAAGAAGAUGACAAUUCAUCAAGAAUUGAUGACAAUAUACAUGAAAAUAAUGAAAGUAAUUUGGAUAUUAAUUUUGAGGAUGAUUAUGUAAAAAUUGAAGAAACAGAAAAUCGAUUAGAAUUUACAAAUGAUAAAAUUGAAAAAAUCGAAACAAUUGAUGAUAAUAUCAAUGAAAAUUGUAAUGAUUUUGAUGAUGAGGAAACGCCAUUAAUAUGUCGUACACAAAGAUUAAAAUGUCCUAAAUGUAUAAAAUUAUUUUCUACUCGUACGGCAUUAGAGAAACAUGUUAUAAUGCAUAAAUCAAAAACGAAAUUACGCUAUGUUUGUUAUAUGUGUGAAAAACAAUUUUCACACGUGGGAAAAUUAAAAAGUCAUUAUCAAGAUGUUCAUGAGAAAAAUAAGGACGAUGAAAAAUUUGAUAAAAAUGAAAUUAACAAUAAACAAAAUGAAAAAGAAGAAAAUUCAUCAUCGUCAUCAUCAUCAUCAGAAAAAAAAUCAUUGAAAUUUUCUUGUAAAGUUUGUUCAAAACAAUUUACUUAUCAUAAAUCAUUUAUAUCGCACGCUAAAAUUCAUCACGAAUAUAAUAAUACAGAUGAAUUAAUAAAUGAAUCAUUUCCAUCGAAAGAUAUUGAGAGUUCAUCAAAAUCAAAAGAUAUUGAAACAGAUGAUGAUGAAAUGCUCUCUGAAGGUUUACAAUGUACAAAAUGUGGUAAACUAUUUGCAACAAAAAGAAAUUUAAAACGACAUCUAUUAACUCACACUGGUUUAAAAUACAAUUGUCCAAUGUGCGGUAAGGAAUUUUCACGUGUUGAUAAACUAAAAGAACACGAACAAUCGAAACAUAAAGAUGAAUUAUUUGGUGAAUUGUCAGAAGAUGAUUUUGAUGGCAGUGCUGAUAAUGAUAAUAAAUCAUCAGAUCAUCAGGAAAAUAGAAAAAAGGAAAAAUACAACAGACCUCAUCAAUGUAAUCUUUGUCCAAAAGCUUUUGCUCAGCCACAAUCAUUGGCUAAUCAUAUGGAGCGUCAUAAACGUGUAAAAGACACGCAAAAACGAUUUUUAUGCGAGGUUUGCAGUAAAUGUUUUGCACAAAGUGGUUCAUUGGUUGCACAUAUGCGCACUCAUACUGGCGUUAAACCAUAUGUUUGUAAUGUUUGUACAAAAGCAUUUACAAAAAGUACUUAUUUGCAAUUACAUUUACGUACACAUAGCGGUGAGAAACCUUAUAUUUGUCAAUAUUGUAGUAGAGCAUUUGCCCGUGCCAAUACAUUGGCAAGACAUAUAACAAUGCAUACUGGUGAAGCAAAAUAUCAUUGUCAAAUUUGUAUGAAAUCAUUUAGACGUUUAACAUCGCUCAAUGAACAUACAUAUACGCAUACUGGCCAAAGACCAUAUGCAUGUAAAAUAUGUGCAAAACGAUAUAAUAAUGCUGGUUCAUUGUAUGCCCAUACAAAAAAAUGUAAAUCCCAACAACAAACAACAAAUAUUCAACAAAUUUAUCCAAUUAAUAAUGAAUCAAUUAAUGAAAAUAAUUUACAAACAAAUAAUUUAUCAUCAUCAUCAUCAUCAUCAGUGGUAUCUCAAUCUAAUCAAUUAAUUUCAUCGUCACAAAUUUAUACACAAAAGAAAUUAAUAGAAAAUGCCACUGUAACACAAUCAAUUCCAACGCCACAAUUUAUGAUUGCCAAUGUUCAUAAUCAAAAAUCAAUGACAAACAAUAUUAUUCAAUCGUUCCCUGUUGAAGAUCCAAAUCUUUAUGCCAUGAGUACAAAACAAUUUAAAAAUCCCUAUUACACAAUUUAUCCUAAUAUGUAAUUAUUAAAAAAAAAAAAACACUAAAACUAAUUUUUUAGAAUUCGAAUUUAAUGGAAUUUUAUUCUGUAGAAUAUUAUUACUUUUGCAGUAUGUUAAUUUAAAAGAAUCUUAAUUUUGCAAAAAAAAAAUUGUACGGAAUAUUCAAUUUGUUCGAAUUUUCAUUUUAAAGAAUUUUUAUUCGAAAAAAUUAAUUAGCCAUAAAUUCAAUUUGAUUGUAUCUCAAUUAGUGCGAAAUGUUGUUUCAUUGAAUAUUUAUUAUCCUGAUUAGUAAUUCAAAAGAAUUUUAAUUACACCAGACAGAAAAUUAGAAAGAAUAUUAAUUUUACAGAAAAUGCAAAUGAUUGAAAAUUAAUAAACAGAAUUAUUUUGAGACUAAUUUUAAAAUUGAACAACUAACAAUUUUUGUGUUAAUUUCUGAUUGGUGAAAUUUCAAAAUUUGUUCAAAAUAGUUGUAUUAAAUUGAUUAUUUUCAUUUUCUGUAAAAUUAAUAUUCUUUCUAAUUCUCUAUCUGUGCAAUUAAAAUUCUUUUGAAUUAUUAUUAAUCUGCAAAAUUAAUAUUCUUAUGAAAUAACUUUUUAAUUGAGAUUCGAUCAAAUUAAUUUUAAUCUAAAUAAAAAUUCUGCAACAUUAAUAAUCGAUUAAAUGUAAAUUUUGUAAAAUGAAAAUUUAAAUGAAAAUGAAUAUUUUGUAAAAUUAGAAUUAUGUAGAAUUAAAAUUCUGUACAAUUUUUUUUCUCUGCAAAAUUAAAAUUCUUAUAAAUUACUAUUAUGCAAAAAUAAUCUUCUACAGAAUAAAAUUCUAUGAAAACAUAAUUCUAAAAAAUUAGUUUUAGUGCUUAUUCAUGUAUCCCUUAUUUUUUGAGGUGAAAAAAAACUUCAAUUUACUAUUCAAGUAUUGUUUCCCAAGUUCUUCUUUUUUUCAUUAAAAUUUUCAGUUUUUGAAACAAUUUUUUGUAAAAUAUUCAAAUUUUUUGAUAUUUUCAUAAAUAAGAAAAUAUCUGCCCGAUAGAUAUAUAUUUUUUUUUGUAAUGAUGGAUUAUUUAAAUUAUUUUUUCUUCUUUAAAUUAUCAUUUAUUUCAUACUUUUUUUUUAGUAUUUUUCUAAAAUAAAAAGAAAAUACGCU